GGCUGCUUGGGACCGGAAGUGUCGUGCAAAGCUUUUGUGGAAGUCGUCUGGAAGGUGCGUCGAAGGAAUAAUACUCUACCACUGGUGGAUUCAACAAGAAAACAAGAAAUACUUGGACGUUUGGAGAGGCUGAGGAGGAUAACUUUCAUUUGCAGAUCUUGCUCCUUUUUUUUUUUUUUAUAACCAAGAAUUGUGGGCUAGUGGUGUUUUUAGCUGAAGCAAAGGACAUAGCAACCUGACAGGGCUUCAAAAUGAUUUCUGGAGUCUCGACUAUCCAAAAAAAGAAUUUAUCAAAAUCUCAACUCCAGCAAAACACCAAUAUGACAGAGAAAAAGCCAUUUGAGAGAAAGAAAUUUAUGUGCCCGGUUUGCAAGUUUACCUGUGAUACUUAUCAAAUACUUCAUGAUCAUUUUAUAGAAACUUGGCAUAAAAGGGUUGACAAACAGAAUACCAGAAAAAUUAACAAGCAAGGAGUACCUGAAUACAGCAUACCAAAAAAUCAAAUGGUGUUUUUGAAAGAUUACUUGAACAAAAAGGACCGUGAACCACUCGUUGGAUUGGAGUAUGUGAUGGAGCAUGUGGUACAAACUGGAGAAUCAAAACUUGAGAUAAAAUAUAUUUGUGAGCUGUGUAACCUGCAGAAUGACUUACAACCAAUGUUGCAACAUCUUACUGGCUAUAAGCAUAGACGGGCCUACAUUACAAAAGAGUUUCCAUUUGUGCUAAGAGGCCCACACGUUGGUAAAGAAGAUAGGCAUGAAUACAUGAAAAGAAUGGCUCAAGAAAUAGAACAGGAAGAGGGAACCAAAAUGUAUAAGAUUGAUCCUGCAUCCUCUAAGAUUGAAUCUUCGUCACCAAAGGAUGAAGAGAAAAAAUCAUCUACGAAAAAAACUAGAUGGAAUAAGGAUGUGAAUAUUGAGACAAAAAAGACAAGAGCUUUGGAAUUUUUGGAAACAUUAGAUAUUGAGUCAGAGUCUGAAUCAGCUACUGUAACAAAACUAACCCAGAAACUGACAACACUUUUGAAAGAACAUGAAGUUAAGGCUAAACAGGAGACACUUUUUGCUAAUCGAGUUGCAAAGGCUAAAGAUGUGGCUCAAUCAAUUAUGAAAUCUGCUUCAAAGAAACCUGCGAAACCUACGAAACCUAAGGGUCCAAUCCCACAAUUAAUGCAGAUAAAUCCAGCAAAUAUCCUGCCAAGCCAGAAUCUUCCCUUACAAAGACCUCCAAUCAAUCAAACUUCACUUUUACAAGCCCCUCCACUUAAUCAGAAUCUGCUCUCACAAGCUCCUCAGUUUCAUCAAAAUCCACUUAUCCAAGGCCCUCCACUUAUCCAAGGCCCUCCACUUAUCCAAGGCCCUCCACGAAUCCAAUCUCUUCCACAAGGCCAACCAUUCAGUCAGAGCCCUCUCUUACAAGGUCCUCAAAUAAACCAGAAUCUAUUCUUGCAAAGCUCUUCAUCGCAGAUAACAAAAAGAAAUCAGAAAGAAAAAAGUUCACAACCAAAAAAAGAGUUGGGACCUGAGGUACAAGGUGAUGUUACUGCAGAUGAUGAUCAAUUUUUUUCUAAAUUAAUGGAUUUAUUGUCAGAUUCAGAAAGUACUUCCUCUGACCCAAAAAUGGUACUGGUACAAGCUUUGUUAAAGGAUAUUGUCCCUAUGACAGAAGAAAAUCCAAGCCAGGAAAAUGCUACCUUAAAUCAGAAAAAGGUGGAGGCAAUGGCUUCUCAACUUCAAAGUAGUACAAAUUCAGAAAAUGCCUCUUUGAUUCAAGAAAUGAUGAUACUAAUGAAUUCUUCAGACAAAGUUUCUGAAAGUUUGGAAAAGCCUAAUUCAAAGGGCUUAGGCAAAAAUUUACAAAACUAUCAAGGUGUACCAAAUGCAUUCAUGAACCAAAAGAAAGAUAAUUUUAAUUCUAAAGUGCAUGAAUCAAAAAAUCGUGGAGGUUUUAAGGGGCGAGGACGACAAAUGGAUGCUUUACGCUCUGAAGCCUAUGACCACUUUGAACAAAAACGUGAAAUACUAAAAGAUCCCUUUCAGGAAACUCCAUAUUCAAGUAUUUAUCCAAGGAAUCGUGAAUGGGAAAAUCCUUCUGACCCCUCUUAUUCUGGACCUUCAACAAUCCCACGCAGUGUAGAUAUUUCGCUGUAUCAAGAUCCAACUUAUUCAAGAAUGGUAGAUUCUCAUGGUAUGCAUGAUGUAGGCUAUGAAGCAGGUGAUAGGGUGCCAGAGGAGAAUUAUAGUUUGAAUGAUAUUGCUGAGCUUAUAAGACGUAGAAAACAAGCAGAACAAGAAAUGAGAAUGAGAGGGGCAGGUGAACAUGACUUUAUCAUGAGAGAUGUUGUGGAGGAUGACCCUUUUAGUGGAGAUCUCCGUAGGAGACGUGACUCAAGAUCACCAUAUAUGAAAAUUGAAGAUGAUCCCUUUAGCACACGGUCAUCGGGAAGAUAUACUGAAGACCCUGUUUGGGUUGAAUCCAGCUCUUAUGAAAGAGAACGUUAUGGCAAGCAUGCUCGUCUGGAAACGGAUCUUCCUUCUCAUCGUUCUGGCUCAGAGAGUGGCUUGUAUAACAGAUCAGAAGAGCAAAGUAAUUUAAUAGAUAUUAAUACAGAAGGUCUGUCUGCAGACAUCCUUAAAAGGAUUCGAGGGAAGGAUUUAUUCACAGUGUCAGCCAUACUCAGCGAGUAUGCAGAGUCACGGGAGUCCAUAUAAAGAACGUAUGGGAGUCUCAUAGCAGUGAAAUGAAAAUUAAGCAUGAAACUGGUCAUUUUGUGUAUACGUCGUGUACUUUUACAGAUAACGCUGUGGGGGUUUUAUUAUCAGAAGUUACUGUUUUAGUUAUCAGUUUAUUGUAUUAUUUUUUUUUCCCAGCAAAAGAAUUGUAAUUUUUUUUCUCAUCAUCGCAAUUUAAAACUGAAGUUAACAAUGGUCUAAAUGACACAUAAUGUUUAAUUAUGUUUGCUGUUGUGAGAGAUCUUUCUCCCUCUCUUUCUCCCUCUCUUUCUCCCUCUCUUUCUCCCUCUCUUUCUUUCUCUCUCUCUCUUUCUCUCUCUCUCUCUUUCUCUCUCUCUCUCUUUCUUUCUCUCUCUCUCUUUCUCUCUCUUUCUAUUUCUUUCUCUCGCUUUCUUUCUCUCGCUUUCUUUCUCUCUCGCUUUCUUUCUCUCUCUUUCUCUCUCUUUCUCUCUCACACACACUCUCUCUCUCUCUCUCUCUCGCACUCACUGUCCAAGGAAUCCAGUGAGUGCUUUCUAUAACUGAAUUUGUUUGUGUAUAUAUAUAAAUAUAGAGAGAGAGAAUUUUGUGUCAGUAUAUCACAGGAGUAAACUUUGAUCAGAUCAGGAAGAGGCGAGCAAUUUCAUUGUACAAUGUUCAUUUUGCAGUAGAGUAUUAGCCCUUCUCAAGAUAAUUUUAUGUAUUUAGUUGUUUAAUUACUAGUAGAUUAUAUUCUGUAAACUAAAAUAAACUGGCGGAACUAAAAUACAAA